AUGGCUGAUGCAAUUGUUUCCACUGUCUUGGGGCAGCUGAGUUCAAUCAUUGGUCAACAAAUACAACAGGAGGUGAAGCUAGUUGUUGGUGUCGACAAAGAAGUCGAAAAGCUUAAGAGCAAUCUUCAAGCUAUUAAAGCUGUGCUUGUUGAUGCGAAGGAAAGACAAGUGAAUGAGGAAACUGUACAACUUUGGUUAGAACAACUCAAACAUGCAUCCUACGACAUUGAAGAUGUGUUGGAUGAGUGGAACUACGCAACGUUGAAAAUGCAAAUUAAGGGAGUUGAAUAUGCUAAUGUUCCUAAGAAGAAGGUGUGUUUCUUCUUUCCCUUCUCUUGCUUUUCAUUAAAACAAGUUAGGUUACGUCAAGUUGUUUUACGUCAUGACAUUGCAAUGAAGAUAAAAGAAGUAACUGAAAAUCUAGACGAUAUUGCGAAAUAA